CGGAUGCCGGAAAAGCGGUGGUGUUUCCGGGUGCCGAUGACAACACUUGACACGACGGAAACAUGGGGAUUUAUUUCCUCGGUUGCCUGCUUUUCUUCGCCCUUUCAACGACGGCGCUUGAAGACAGUGGGGAGGUGACGUUCGUAUCCGAGUUCUCCUCCAAGCCUAAUCAGCAGUUGUCCAAGUACGGUUGGUAUGGUAAUGUCCGGUUGCAGAGCUUCCACAUACCUGAGGAGACUGCCAUAGCCCGCUGGCUCUUCACCGUAACCAAGGACCAAAAUUUUUACUGCCGACCGAGUAACGUCUUCAUCUACAUUCGGCAUGGCGCCCCUCCCGUGAUAAACCCCACUGGCACUGCGUUUCCCAACGCAACACUGUGGAGUCCUCCUCUCCUCGUGAACCUCUCAGUGACCGCCGCGCAGAACUCCGCAACAUUCAACUUGUCCAACCCUGCGCCCGGGGACUGGUUUGUUGCCGCCCACCUGCCAGAAGAUGACGGGCGCAUUGAGCAGAAGGGCUUUCCAUCUUGCACCUAUAUGUUCCAACCUCAGCUGUCAAUCAGAAGGGCAGUUGACACACCCAUACUACAACAGGGACAGUCGCUUCGACAGACUGCGACCCCUGACAGCCCUGCACGCCUCAGGUUGUAUGUACCACAGUUUGCCUCCUCGGUCUCUGUGUCUUUGGAUGAGUGUGCGUCAAAAGAGGGCACGGGAAGUGCAAACUGUUCACUGGUCCUCAGCCUGGGCUCAAAUUCUCUGCUGGAGGUCCCAGUUAGAGUGAACUGUUCGGGGAGGAGCUGCUCCGCUUCUCUCACCAACCCACCCUGGUACACCUGGUUACGAGUUGUGGUGGAGAGUGUUCCGGACAACCAGACUGCGAUCUUUAACGUCACGUCCGACUACACUGUGGGGUGUAAGCCAGAAAGCGUGGGUCUUGCAGCCGAUGAUGACUUCAUCAAUGUUGGCGGUAACAUCAACUCCUCAGUAGCAGCCAACAGCUCUGCGGGGACGGAGUCCAUCAGGGAAUCUCCGCUUUCGCUGCGGUCCGCCUGUGUAAGGCGCGUCCCAGUGCGCCAGGAGGAAACCGACAUUCUGUCUCUCAGAUUCACCCCAGCUCACAAUGGACCCAAUGUCAGCGUCACGACCACGCAGCCUACACUCCUUAUGUACCCGCUGCCGGAAACGGCCACUGGCGGCACACUCAACUUGCAGCUCACACUGAACACCACGAACACAACAUUGGGGAACGGCAGUAAUGUGGUGGCCUGCUUCUCACUCCACACGCCGGUUCUGAAGCGCAACGACUCUCAACCAUGCCGCACAGCUCUGUUUGGAGGGUACGGCCUUAUUGUGAACGUGAGCUCCCCCAAAGCCACGGUCCGUGUGUCUUUCCCCCAGUCAACAACAUGGUACCUCACUCUGCAGCUCACAUGCAACAGCACUGACUGUGAGAAUGUGUCCGUGGUGUCCGUGGUCCCGGAGGUUUUUAUCAGCGCCUGCGUGGACGACUGCGGCACAUUUGGUGAAUGUAGACUCCUGAGGUCCUACACCUACCUGUACGCCUCCUGUUCGUGCACGGCCGGUUGGAAGGGUUGGGGCUGCACCGAUAGCGCCACAGCGCUGUCGUUCAUCUUCCAGCUCCUGGGCACCCUGCUGCUCACGCUCAGUAACUUCUUCUUCGUACCGGCAAUCGUGGUGGCCAUCAAACGAUUGUACAUCACAGAGGCGGCCGUCUACCUCUUCACGGCGUUCUUCUCUACGUUCUACCAUGCCUGUGACCAGCCAGGUGAAGCCGAGUGGUGCAUAAUGCGCUACGACACCCUCCAAUACUGUGACUUCCUGGGGUCCAUCUGUUCCAUCUGGGUCACCAUCCUGUGCAUGGCUCGUGUCAGGAACACCAUGAAAUGUACCCUGUUCACGCUCGGGGCUUUGCUGAUCGCCAUGUCGCUGCAGCUUGACCGUAGGGGCCUGUGGAACCUGGUUGCCCCCAUCCUCUGUGCCUUACUCUUCAUGGUGGCUGUUUGGACGUACCAAGGGGUGCAGCGCCGCCAUUGCUACCCCCCCUCCUGGCAGAGAUGGGUCUUCUACAUCAUCCCGGGCCUGCUCUGCGCCGUCGUCGGCGUCUCCCUGUACAUUUUCGCCGAGACGGAGGAGAACUACUACUACACCCACUCGCUGUGGCACAUCCUGGUGGCCACCUGCGUGGUCUUCCUGCUGCCCCCCGCCGACAAGAACCUGGAGGCCGGCGGCUGGUCCAAAGGCUGGAGGCCCCAUUGGAAUUGGGACUGGAGUUGGGUUCGGACGACUCAGGUCUGCGGACACACGCUGUGGCCGAGCAACAAAGCUGAGUUCUACACUGUCUCGUAAACACUGUCACACUCUCAUAUGGGUUCUACUAAAUGUACUUGACACUCCUGUCAACAACGCCCGCUGCCUUUUUUAAGAAGCUCACGCUGGAGUUUAAAUACGCAACUUUGUAAACCUUAAUUACCUCCGACAACCAUAGAUUCAGGUAGCCUGACCUUGGACCUCGCGGCCAGAAAUGUGUACUGUACGUGGUUUAUGAAGCUCUUUUAUGCGCGUUUAGUAGUAGAUGAAUGCUCUAAAUCAGGGGUGUCAAACGUGCAGGUUUUAUCCGGCCCGCGGGAUGAGUUUGCUAAGUAUAAAAAACUGCUGUUCUAAAUGUGUCCACUAAAUGUCGCAAUAGCAAUUCUUUGUAGAUUAUGCUAUACGGCAGGGGUGGGCAAUUCAUUUUUACCGGGGGCCGCAUGAGCAACCUGAGCACUGCUGGAGGGCCACACCGACAAUAUUUCAAUUACAUUUUGCUCAAAUUAUUUUUGAUAUACCGUAAGAUAAAUAAUAAUAAUAAUUUAAUUUACCCUAACUUAACUUUAUACAAAAGCAGAUUGCUUUUGAUGGUUUUAUUUUUAACACUGUCUUACACAACACUUCCUGAUGUAUAAUACAAUGGAAAAAUGUCACUUUCUGUCACUUUAUCCUACAUCCUCUUUAAAAGUCCAACAUUUUUCCCUGUCAGAUUUGGACAACCAUCUGUUGUCACACCUGCCAGCUUGUCCCAUUUCAGUCCUAACAUGUCCAAACACGUAUUUACCUACACUACCGUUCAAAAGUUUGGGGUCACCCAAACAAUUUUGUGGAAUAGCCUUCAUUUCUAAGAACAAGAAUAGACUGUCGAGUUUCAGAUGAAAGUUCUCUUUUUCUGGCCAUUUUGAGCGUUUAAUUGACCCCACAAAGGUGAUGCUCCAGAAACUCAAUCUGCUCAAAGGAAGGUCAGUUUUGUAGCUUCUGUAACGAGCUAAACUGUUUUCAGAUGUGUGAACAUGAUUGCACAAGGGUUUUCUAAUCAUCAAUUAGCCUUCUGAGCCAAUGAGCAAACACAUUGUACCAUUAGAACACUGGAGUGAUAGUUGCUGGAAAUGGGCCUCUAUACACCUAUGUAGAUAUUGCACCAAAAACCAGACAUUUGCAGCUAGAAUAGUCAUUUACCACAUUAGCAAUGUAUAGAGUGUAUUUCUUUAAAGUUAAGACUAGUUUAAAGUUAUCUUCAUUGAAAAGUACAGUGCUUUUCCUUCAAAAAUAAGGACAUUUCAAUGUGACCCCAAACUUUUGAACGGUAGUGUAUGUGAACAAGUCAUUACCUGUGGUUGUCUCUUUAAUUGACUGCAUGGCUGCCAGCUCCUCCGUGAUUUGAAAGUCUGCAGUUAUCCCACGUAAGAAGAUGAGCAGCUGGGCGGUGUCACGUACAUCGCAGCUCUCAUCCAAAGCCAGUGAAAAACAGUCUAAGUCGGCCGUUCUGCUCUUCAGCUGAAGCUCCAAGUUUCCAGCGAUGGUCUCAACCCGCCUCGUUACAGUGCGUCGGGAGAGAGACACGUUCUCAAAUGCGCCCCUCUUCUCCGGGCAUAUCAGCGCAAGAGUCCAAUAAGCACCCCUUAAUAAACUCUCCGUCAGAAAACGGCUUACUUUUUCUGGCGAUUUUGUGAGAAAUGACUCCCCUUGCGCGCGCCAUCAGACAGAUUCCGGUAUUUUUCCUCGUGCUUCGUCGUGUAGUGGCGAUUCAAAUUAUAUUCUUUAAACACAGCAACCUGUGCACCCUCGACAUAGAUACUUUUCAAAAUGUAUUUUGUAAUUUAUGGUUGGCCUCACACGGGCCGGACAGGGACGCACAAAGGGCCGGAUGUGGCCCGCGGGCCGCCGAAUGCCCGGGUCUGCUAUACGGUCUCUAUAGCUGAAUUUUAGUUUCAUCUGACCACAGAACUUUCCUCCAGAAGGUCUUAUCUUUGUCCAUGUGAUGUCAGAUGAAACAAAAAUUUGAGCAGUUUGGCCACAAUACCCAGCAAUAUGUUUGGAGGAGAAAAGGUGAGGCCUUUAAUCCCAGGAACACCAUCCCUACCGUCAAGCAUGGUGGUGGUAGUAUUAUUAUGCUCUGGGCCUGUUUUGCUGCCAAUGGAACUGGUGCUUUACAGAGAGUAAAUGGGACAAUGAAAAAGGAGGAUUACCUCCAAAUUCUUCAGGACAACCUAAAAUCAUCAGCCCGGAGGUUGGGUCUUGGGCGCAGUUGGGUGUUCCAACAAGACAAUGGACCCUAAACCAGUGGUUCUUAACCUUGUUGGUGGUACCGAACCCCACCAGUUUUAUAUGCACAGUCACCGAACCCUCCUUUUUUUUUCAAAUUCAAGACAGUUAUUAUAUGUUCUUGGUAACACUUUAGUAUGGGGAACAUAUUCUAAGUAACUAAAGACUUAAUUUAGAGUUUUUUGGACACGAGGGGAACAUAUUCUAAGUAACAAAGACUUAAUUUAGAGUUAUUUGGUUAGGGUUACAAUAAGGCCAUGCCGAAUAAGGCAUGAAUAAGUACUUAAUAAUGACUAGUUAAGAGCCAAUAUGUUACUAAUUUGCAUUUUAAUAAGCAACUAAUUAAUGGUGAAUAUGUUCCCCAUACUAAAGUGUUACCAUGUUUUUUUACUGGUGCACAAAACGAACCGUGCAUGAACAUCACCUUGUUCAAACAACAAAACCAACACAGUGCAUAAACUCACGACAAAUUACACACUUGCAAAUCAGUCUGACUUCUUCUGUUGCUGUAUCCGUAAUACGCCGAUAGGGAGAAGUUUUUAUUUACACGAUGAGUCGGGUGUGUUUUGACCUCCGCCGAACCCCUGAGCCCGACUCACCGGACCCCUAGGGUUCGAUCGAACCCAGGUUAAGAACCACUGCCCUAAACACACGUCAGAAGUGGUAAAGGAAUGGCUAAAUCAGGCUAGAAUGAAGUUUUUAGAAUGGCCUUCCCAAAGUCCUGACUUAAACGUGUGGACAAUGCUGAAGAAACAAGUCCAUGUCAGAAAACCAACACAAUUAGAUGAACUGCACCAAUUUUGUCCAGAGGAGUGGUCAAAAAUUCAACCAGAAGCUUGUGGAUGGCUACCAAAAGUAAACUUUAGACCACGACUGUAUAUGUAAAAAAUAAAUAAACCACAUGAUAUUAGUGCACCAGUCGAUGGAAAUGAGCAAACUACAUAAAUAACAUCCUGUAAUUUGAUUUUGAUAUUUUUUUAAUCUUGAAGUCUAUCUUAUUUAUUGAGAAAAUAUAAAUAAUAAUGAUUAUUAACCGCAACAUGUAAGUGUAAAAAAACAACAACAUUAUGAUUUCUACAUUUUCAGAAUGUGCUUGUUCUAUUUUUAAACAAAGAAAACAAUCUGAAGUUGUCUUCACCACACCUAGUGUGUGUGACAAUCAUUGGUACUUUAACUUUAACUUUAACUUUAUUUUCAAGUUGUCGUGUCGUGAUUUUACCAGUCCGGCCCACUCGGGAGUAGAUUUUUCUCCAUGUGGCCACCCAGAUCUAAAAUGAGUUUGACACCCCUGCUCUAAAUAUUUAUAAAGCAUGGUUGUAAGGCAUAUGUGAGGUCUACCAGCUUGUUGAUAAUGAUCGCUGUAUCCUAUUCCUACUAAAAAUUCAUUUUAGCAAACUUUCUCACAGGUAUGUCGUCAUGUUCAUGCUGCACUCGACCACUUCGUAUUUUCCUAUUUUUAAAGCACUUUAUGUGAUUUCCUUGUAUAGAUGACAACAUAAUGAAUGUACAUUUAAGUGUGCCUCACCCUUUUUUUGGGCUGUUUUGUCUAGCACCAUAUUUUCCGGACUAUAAGCGGCCACUUUUUUCCCUCCCAACGCUUUGAAUCCUGCGGCUUAUAAAACGGCGUGGCUAAUUUAUGGGUUUUUCUUCGCUAACGGCCAUAAUGUUUUGUGUGCAACAAAUAGUUUUCAUAACAGAGACACUGAAAAGGUGCGUUAUUGUUUUUGCUAUGGCGCCAUCUUUUGGACGCCUAAACCUUUUGCCUCCAAGGGCCAAAAUGAAAAUGUGCUAAUGGUUCGCAGGCCAAACAGCGAUAUUUUAUCAUGCAACAACACCAGGAUUGAGGAAUUUAGCCUUAUACCGCCAUUUAUAAAUAAUAAGUAGUAGAUAUUGUCAGGUUCAAUAAAUGGCAACUUGUUAGCCUGUAAAAAAAAAAAAGAAAAAUCUAUAGAUUUUAGGGUAAAAAAAACUGGCAGCUCAGUCACCGUAAUUGUACUGUAAAAUUGAUGGGGGGUACACUAAAUUAAGUUGAAAAAUCAUUUAUGUUUUUACGUUUAAAUUCUGUUGACUGAAAUGUAUGGAGCCCCUAAAGGGACAUG